AAAAGAUUCAGCUAAAGUAAUCCAACAGCGAUGGCGAUUGAGAACGCCGCGGCGGCGUCUGGUGAAUGUGGCGUGAUACUAAAGGCACGUACGGACAAGAGAGAGUAUAGGAGGAUUGUACUCAAAAAUUCGCUCGAGGUGUUGUUAAUCAGCGACCCAGAGACCCAGAGACCUUGUUCUAGUUUUACUGAUGAUAAAAAUCAUGACGAUUCCUUCUUUGCCUUUUUUGCUUUUUAGUGUGCUGCUUCAAUGAACGUUAGCGUUGGGUCGUUCUCGGACCCGGACGGAUUGGAAGGCCUAGCUCAUUUCUUUUUUUCUAUAAAUGUAGAUCAGUUUAGUGCUUCUCUUCUCUUUGGUGGUUGUGUUUUUAUACUGGUACUAGGUUCUUGUGAAGGCUGUUCCUAUAAAGCAGGGUCAUAAUCUUACUGUUUCGUGGCCUGUGACUCCUAGCAUCCAUCAUUAUGAAGAAGCCCAUGCACGUACGUUGGUCAUCUAAUUGGUCAUGAAGGCAAAGGAAGUUUGUUUCUUGCGUUGAAAAUCUUGGGUUGGGCAACGGGACUGUAUGCUGGCGAACCAGACUGGACUGUAGAGUAUUCUUUCUUCAAUGUUUCGAUUAAUCUUACUGAUGCUUGCCAUGAGCAUAUGAAAGAUAUUUUAGGGUUGUUGUUCAGACAAAUUAAGCUUUUACAACAGUCUGGUGUUUCCCAGUGGAUUUUUGACGAGCUCUCAGCUAUUUUUGAGGCAGAGUUUCAUUAUCAAGCCAAAAUAGACCCAAUUUCCUAUGCAGUGAAUAUUUCAUCAAACAUGACGAAUCUUUUGGGAAUCAAAUACGAAGGGCAAACUGACAAGGUUGAGCCAUGGUAUAACACUGCUGAGAAGAUAAUCAAAUUCACCAUUCAGAUGGAUUUUAACUGCCCCCUUGCAGUCAGCUCUCCCGCCACUGUAGUUCUUUCAAACAGUUCUGUUUGGUUGCUGGUGGACUAUUUGAAUGAAUAUGCUUAUUAUGCUCAGGCUGCUCGUCUUCACUAUGGAUUAAGUCUUUCGGACAAUGGUUUUGAGCUCUCUCUUACUGGCUUUAAUCACAAAUUGAGGAUCUUGCUUGAAGCUGUCAUUCAAAAGAUGGCAAACUUCCAAGUUAAACCUGACAGGUUUUCCGUUGUCAAGGUGACUGUACUGAGAGAGCUAAAGAAGGAAGAAUUGAUCAAUUUCUUUGACGAAUACACAAAAGUUGGCGCACCAAAGAGGAAAUCGCUGAGUGUAUGCGUUUACGGAAACCAACAUUUAAAGGAAAUGUCAUCUGACAAAGACAAAGUCGUAUCAACAUCCAUAGAGAUCGAAGACAUUGUUGGUUUCAGAAACUCUCAACCUCUUUAUGCAUCGUUGAAAGGAUGUAGCCAGCUGAAACUGUGAUGAGGUCCCAACACUUUUAAAGUAUAUACACAAACAAACAUUCAUUCAUAUACCAAACGACAUUUUAUACUAGAAUCUGUAUUAGAAAACAGAGUUUUAU